AUGCUGCGAGUUCCGACUUCAACGGCCCUGCGUAGCAGCAUCGUCCGUGCCAGCCGCCAGUCCGCGACCACCUCGCUGGUCUGCCGCGCUGCCGCCUCCACCCACGCAAUCUCCAACCCGACUCUGGCCAACAUCGAGAAGAGAUGGGAAGGCCUGCCGCUGCAGGAGCAGGCUGAGCUAUGGAUGGCCCUCCGGGACCGUAUGAAGGAGAACUGGAAGGAGUUGACCCUCCAGGAAAAGAAGGCUGCCUACUGGAUCGCGUUUGGUCCUCACGGUCCUCGAGCUCUUCCCCCUCCGGGUGAGGGCAAGAAGGUCGCCCUCUACACCGUUCUCGGCGUUGGUAUCAGUCUGGCCAUCUUCACCGCGAUGCGCAUGUUCGCCGGACCUUCUCCUCACACCAUGACCAAGGAAUGGCAGGAGGCAUCCAACGAGUACCUCAAGGGCCAAGGAUCCGAGCCGUUCACAGGCUAUUCUUCCGAGGGCUAUGCCGGCAAGGGCAUGGUUCAAUCCCCACCUGCGAAGCCUUAA